AAAAAUAAUUUAAUGAUUUUAUUCAUGAAGAUUGAUUAAUGUUUUUUAUUAGAUACGACGUUAUUAAUUUUAUAAAAUCAACUAAUUAUGUUCAUAAAAUGACAUAAUUAUAGCCAUAACAUUUCCUUAUACCAUGUAUAAGUUUUGUGUUAUGGCUAGAGAAGUAUAAGAUUGAGCUAAUAAAUUCACUAAGGUUUUGUUUUGAAAAACAGAAACAAAACGGCGCCAAAUUUUAUUCAACGUAGGCCAUCGUAACGCGUUGUAUCUCGCCGCCAACAAUGAAAAAGGAGUUUCGUAAGCCUGCGGAACAGCGCUCGAAGAUCACGAACCAAGACCAGAAUGUAAAGAGAUUUCCUCCCAUCCCAGUACCUCAACACUGUGGCAGGCAGACGGCGGAGCCACUCGCUUGGUCGGAGCUGGAGCGGAGAUUCCAGCUGGCUUCGCUACUGCUCGGCGCUCCAACUGGCAAAGGGCGGUGCCAUCCGCUGCCGGAAUUGAGAUGCUGGCUCCGUUUCUCCUCGAUACUCCGGCAAUCUAAGAGUACUAGUAGUACUACCCGCUUCUUUACUGCCGGAGCGGAGGUUCCGGCUGGCACUGUUACUCCUUGAUCAUCCGGCUCACAGAAUCACCCAUUGUCGGAACGAGAAUCCCUGCUGAUCCGCCGCCCUAAGACUGAGGCACUGCCACCCGCUUAUUUCCUGCCAGAGGGGACAUUCUGGUUGGCUCCACUGCUUAUCUGUGCAAAAGGCGCCGAAAUCCGUUGCCGGAACAGCGGUUCUGGCUAGCAUUUCUGAUUUUGUGACUGUUUUGAUCGAGGCUUUGUUGAUUUUAUCAGAUGAACAAAUAAAUUAUGUACAAAUAGUAAACAAAACUUCCAUGUUUUAGUAAAAAUAAGAAAAAAAGUAAAAUAUUGGGAAUUUCAAACAAAAUAUAGGGUAAUACAUUUUAUUAGGUUUGAUGCAUACAAAUGAUUAGGAAAUUCUAAUGCAAAUUAUUACAAAUAGCGAAUGGCAUUUAUAAGUUUAAACUUAUACUUUUUAUUCAUCGCAUGUUAUAUUCCAUAUAACGCACUCAUAUGAGUUUCAUUAGGAAAACGAAAUGGCAAAAAUGUAUAACAUUUUCUUAUAUAUUCCAUAUGGAAAUUUCUUUUCGUG